GUUACCAAAAAGUUUUAAGGUCUUUUUCUAAUGUUAAUGCCAACUGCCAAAAAGUAUUUAAAGUCCCUUCUUUUGUACAUGUCCAUUUAGAGUCACGGUAAAACAUCACAUAUAGAAACAGAAAACUUGAUCAAAUGAAGAUGCUUUUAUAUCUCUCACUAGCAUUCUGGAGGGUUCUUAUUCCUAAAGUAAAAGUGUCUUUGGAAACCCCCUAGAGAGAGGGAUCAUUUUGUAGCCUUUCGGUGCUUAAGUCUUCAAUUUCAACUGUUUUCACCUUCUUUACUCUUCUUUUUUUGUUUCUGAUGACAACUUCGAAGAAUGGAAUCAAAUAUAUUUGGCACUCUUUCUUUAACAUCCAUAAUUCAUCACACCCUAUCCCAAUAUGCUCAUAGCUCUAGACAAAAAGAAAAGCUUGUUUUUUGAAAGCCCAACAACAUUUUUAAAACUGCUUUCACUUCUUCAAAAUAGAGUUUGGUUGCAGUGAUUGGGGGGACACUCGGUGGACAUGGCUGUUGAUGUUUGCUCCGAGAUUUCAAGCACAGGAAUCAGCCCAAGAAUCUCCUUCUCCUAUGAUCUGAAUCAGACAGAUGUUUUGCCAAUUGAGCGCUCAGACUUGACCCUCUUGGAUUCCAGCUCUGACUUCGUUUUCUGCAUUGGUAACAACAGCUUUGUGCAAGAACUGUCUCCAGCUGAUGAGCUUUUCUCCAAUGGCAAGAUUCGUGCUAAAGAAAUCAAGAAAAAUGUCACAACCCCAGAUGAAAAUGAAAUUCGCCAUUCCCAAUCUCAGUCCGUUUCUUCUUGUUCUCGCUCACAUCAGCCUUCUCCUUCUUCUUCUUUUACUGGGAAUAGUGAAAAGAAGCAGCUCAAAGAGUUCUUGUCCAACAGUAUUGACAUGGAAGAUGAAAAGCCUGCAUCAAAAUCAUUCUGGCAGUUCAAACGAAGUAGCAGCCUCAACUGUGACAGUUCUAGAAGCCGAGGUUUAAUUCGCUCAUUACAGUUCUUAUCAAGAAGCAAUUCAACUGGUUCGUCAGUACUCAAUUCCAAUUCCAAAAAAACAACGCUGAAUUCAACAAAAGAAACUCAGAAGCAGCAUUUGCAGAAACAACCAUCUGUGUCAAGUAGAAAGUCGUCAUCAUCAUCAUCAUCAUCUUCAAGUACAUAUUAUUUCUACAGCUCAUCACAAAGACCUUCGUUAAAGAAGAAUAAUAGUGGAUCUUAUGGCAAUGGGAUUCGAAUUAGUCCUGUCUUGAACCUUACACCACCAUACAUUUCUAGAGUUACUGUGAGUUUUUUUGGAUUUGGUUCUCUCUUCUGUAAUGGUAAGGUUAAGAACAAGAAGAAAUAAUGUUUCAGUCAGUAAGUUUCUUUUGCUACCUCAUGUUCAAGUACUGAUGGAUUUAGCUGUCAAUCAUUUUGUUUUAUGAAUCAGCAUGUGAUGAUCAGACUGUAAAUUGAAAGAAAGUUUUUAGUGAAGUAAAAAAAAAAAAUACCUUUAGAAAUUACAUGAGCUAUUUUAUUUUUAUUUUGGAAGAGUGAAAACUACAGUACAGUGGGAUUGGAUGGACGGUAAUUGUUGAUGUGCAUAUCAACAUGUUAUGAGCUUGGGAGACAGAUAAACAAGGUAUCCUUCUUUCGUGGCUCACCCAUGCCCUUUUUUAUCUUUGAAGUCUUUCUUCAUAAUUUAAUGUGGCUGUCUUUUGUUGUUUUGAAGGGUGAUUGAAGGCUUCUUUUGGUGUUUUCUUUUGUAUGUUUAUAAAUUUAUACUUUGAUUUGGAAUCCUUUAAUUUUGGUCUUUUUGUUCUAUAUUGUGAUAUUAAGGACAAAACCAUUGCUUCAAGGGAUUCCGAUUUGAAAAAAGAGGAUCAAUGAUUGAGGGGGUUCCUCUAACUUUUAGCUUGAUAAUCUAAGGAUUGGUUUGC